AUGCCUGUCCGCAGGGGCCACGUAGCGCCCCAAAACACUUAUCUGGACACCAUCAUCCGCAAGUUCGAGGGCCAGAGUCGAAAGUUCCUGAUCGCCAAUGCCCAGAUGGAGAACUGCGCCAUCAUCUACUGCAACGAUGGCUUCUGUGAACUAUUCGGCUACUCCCGAGUAGAGGUGAUGCAACAGCCGUGCACCUGCGACUUUCUCACGGGCCCCAACACCCCACGCAGUGCCAUGUCCCGCCUGGCACAGGCCCUGCUGGGGGCCGAGGAGUGCAAAGUGGACAUCCUCUACUACCGCAAGGAUGCUUCCAGCUUUCGCUGCCUGGUGGAUGUCGUGCCCGUGAAGAAUGAGGAUGGAGCCGUCAUCAUGUUCAUCCUCAACUUCGAGGAUCUGGCCCAACUCCUGGCCAAGAGUGGGAGCCACAGCCUAUCCCAGCGCCUGCUGUCUCCAAGCUUCCUGGGCUCUGAGGGCUCUCACGGCAGGCCGGGUACACAGGGGCCCGGUGCGAGCAGAGUCAAGUACAGGACCAUCAGCCAGAUUCCGCAAUUCACACUCAACUUCGUGGAGUUCAACCUGGAGAAGCACCGUUCAGGCUCCACCACAGAGAUUGAGAUCAUCGCGCCCCACAAGGUGGUGGAGCGGACCCAGAAUGUCACCGAGAAGGUCACCCAGGUCCUGUCCCUGGGUGCAGACGUGCUGCCCGAGUACAAGCUGCAGGCACCGCGCAUGCACCGUGGGACCCUCCUGCACUACAGCCCCUUCAAGGCUGUGUGGGACUGGCUCAUCCUGCUGCUGGUCAUCUACACGGCCGUCUUCACACCCUACUCAGCUGCCUUCUUGCUCAGCGACCAGGACGAGUCUCAGCGCGGGGACUGCAGCUACACCUGCAGUCCACUUACCGUGGUGGACCUCAUCGUGGACAUCAUGUUUGUGGUGGACAUUGUCAUCAAUUUCCGCACCACCUACGUCAACACCAACGACGAAGUGGUCAGCCACCCUCGCCGCAUCGCCGUCCACUAUUUCAAGGGCUGGUUCCUCAUUGACGUGGUGGCCGCCAUCCCCUUCGACCUGCUCAUCUUCCGCACUGGCUCUGACGAGACCACGACCCUGAUUGGGCUGCUAAAGACGGCGAGGCUGCUGCGGCUGGUGCGUGUGGCCAGGAAGCUGGACCGCUACUCUGAGUACGGGGCAGCCGUGCUCUUCCUGCUCAUGUGCACCUUUGCACUCAUCGCACACUGGCUAGCCUGCAUCUGGUAUGCCAUCGGCAACGUGGAGCGGCCCUACCUGGAGCCCAAGAUCGGCUGGCUGGACAGCCUGGGCGAGCAGCUUGGCAAGCGCUACAAUGGCAGUGACCCAGCCUCGGGCCCCUCAGUGCAGGACAAGUAUGUCACUGCCCUCUACUUCACCUUCAGCAGCCUCACCAGCGUAGGCUUCGGCAACGUGUCCCCCAACACCAACUCAGAGAAGGUCUUCUCCAUCUGCGUCAUGCUCAUCGGCUCCCUCAUGUAUGCCAGCAUCUUUGGCAACGUGUCUGCCAUCAUCCAGCGCUUGUACUCAGGCACCGCGCGCUACCACACGCAGAUGCUGCGUGUCAAGGAGUUCAUCCGCUUCCACCAGAUCCCCAGCCCGCUGCGGCAGCGCCUGGAAGAGUACUUCCAACACGCCUGGUCCUACACCAACGGCAUCGACAUGAACGCAGUGCUGAAGGGCUUCCCUGAGUGUCUGCAGGCCGACAUCUGCCUGCACCUGCACCGCGCGCUGCUGCAGCACUGCCCAGCGUUCCGAGGCGCCAGCAAGGGCUGCUUGCGUGCGCUUGCCGUCAAGUUCAAGACCACGCAUGCACCGCCCGGGGACACGCUGGUGCACCUCGGUGACGUGCUCUCCACACUUUACUUCAUCUCCCGCGGCUCCAUUGAGAUCCUGCGCGACGACGUGGUCGUGGCCAUCCUAGGAAAGAAUGACAUCUUUGGGGAGCCUGUCAGCCUCCACGCCCAGCCCGGCAAGUCCAGUGCAGAUGUGCGGGCCCUGACCUACUGCGACCUGCACAAGAUCCAGAGAACAGACCUGCUGGAGGUGCUGGACAUGUACCCUGCCUUCGCAGACAGCUUCUGGAGUAAGCUGGAAGUCACCUUCAACCUGCGGGACGCAGAUGGGGGUUUCCAGUCAUCACCCCGACAGGCUCCAGGCAGUCAGGACCACCAAGGCUUCUUCCUCGGUGACAGCCAGUCAGAUGCAGCACCUUCCCUGAGCCUCUCAGAUGCAUCUGGCCUCUGGCCUGAGCUGCUGCAGCAAGUGCCCUCAAGGCCAAGGGAAAGCCCCCCAGAUCCUCAGGAAGACCCAGACUGCUGGCCCCUGGACCUGAGCUCCAGGCUAGAGCAGCUCCAGGCCCAGAUGAACAGGUUGGAGUCUCGCAUGUCCUCAGACCUCAGCCGCAUCCUGCAGCUCCUUCGGCAGCCCCUGCCCCAGGGCCACAUCGGCUACAUUCUGGGAGCCCCAGCCUCCGAUGCCCUGGCUUUGUUUCCUGCUGCCUCAGCACCUCAGAGUCCAGGAACUAGUCAGCCACAGGGCGGUCUGCCCCUUGCACAGGCCCCAAGCGUUGGUAACUUAGACAAAAAGUGCGGGCACACCCCCUCCAGGAUGCCUCACCUGGCCAUGGCUAUGGCCAAAACACCGACGCUGUCUUCGGAGCUGGAGCAGCCUGACAGGCUCCUGUCAUCACCAGCCUCAAUGCUGCGUCCCCUGGAGGCACGGGGUCUGGUCUGUGGUUCCCGCUUCCCCUCCCUUCCAGAAUACCUUGGCUCUGUCCCCAAGCAGCUGGAGUUCCAGAGACAUGGCUCAGAUCCUGGAUUUUCAGGGAGUUAAAGCCACUGAACCCCAAGACAAAAAACACCAUGAGGGAGUUGAAGAUGGGUGCGGUGAGACUUAAGAAUUUGGAAAACGGAGAGCUGCCAAAAUGGACCAAUGAAAACUAUUCUCCUAGAGUAGCUACCCAGGUGACCCAGAGUACUCCUGGGCCAGGUUACUCCUAGAGUAAACUGCUAACCCAGGUGACCCAAGAUGGCAGGGGUGAGGGGGCUCAGGACUGUUCCUAGCCUUCUCCAGGCCUCUGUUUAGAUAGCAAGCCUGGGGAACGGUGGGCAAGAGUCUUGGGCUUGGAGGUAACUUGCAGGACAGAAGGUGUCAGUGAGGAAAAGAAAACUUUCUGAUCUUCUGUGUGAGACCUUUGCUGUGGGCUGAGUGCAACCCUUUCCUGGCUCAGAAUUACCCACCGCCUCCCGACCCAGCCCCCAAGGUUGAUCAGACCUUCGAGAGCCCGUGACCUGGCUGGAGAUGAACGUGUUCUCUCUAGUGGACACAUCGUGGCACAGAGCUCCAGCCCUCAGCCGCUCAGCUGCUGAUGGUUCUGUGAUGACCUUUGGGACCCUAGAGGACA